CAGCCCACCGGUUCAUGAUCCGAAGAAUCCUCUCUCAAGCUUAAGAUGUGUCGGUAUUUUAUUUACCUUGGUCUCUGCCUCGGUUACGUUUCAUUUCUGGUCAUUCCGACCUCUGCUAGUUGUAGCCCACCAGCUUCCUGCUCUUCAUCUUCCUCACUCUUUCUCUCCUCAUCGACUGCCCGUAUGCGUGGUACCUCUCAAACUUUAUCCUCAUCAUCACCUGCGUUGUCGAGUUACCUCGGUUUAUCAUCCACCAGACCUACCGAUCCGGUAACGUCUUCCCCAGUCUCCACUUCUUCACCUUCAUCAUUCUCGCCCUCCUCAUCGACUGCUGGUGUGUCUGGUAACCCUCAAACUUCGUCCUCAUCGUCAUCUGCGUCAUCCAUUUACCUCGGUUUAUCAUCUACCAGACCUACCGAUCCAGUUACGUCUUUCCCAGUCUCCACUUCUUUAUCUUCAUCAAUCUUGCCCUCCCCAUCGACUGCCGGUGUGCCCAAUACCUCUCAAACUUCAUCCUCAUCGUCACCUGCAUCAUCCAAUUACCUCAGUUCAUCAUCUGUUGGACCUACAGUGUCAGCAAUGUCUUCCCUGGUUUCCUCCUCUUCAUCUUCAUCAUCUUCUCCAGCUCCACCUUCGUCUUCACCUCCACCUACAAAUUCAACUGCUCUCCUAACCAACUCGAGUAACUCGACCACUGAGCAAGGGAGUGCCCCUGGUAACGCCACUACUACAGCCCAGCCCGAAAAGAAAUCCACUACUAUAGUCGGGUUGGUUAUCUCCUAUUUCGCCAUCUUAGUGCUAGUCGCGGGCACAUACCACUGGAUGUCCCGCCAGAAGAAAACAAAAGUGGCAAAACGAACUGAGUCCGAGAUAGACGCUUCAGCACUGUGUGGAUCGGCGGCAACAGUCCUUGGGGAAACUAAAGAAACGGAAGUUGGCAUAACUCACCAGACAUUUGCUGAAGACUCUGAAAGUCCAGAAAAUGCAACCGCCCCUGAAUCGCAGGAAGCUACAGUUCUGUUUUCCGAGGAUACGAAGUUUUAA